GCUGCUGAAUCAGUACAACUGUGACUCUCUCCCAAAAAGCUAACCAUCUAAUCCUCCCCUGUACAGCAACAUCGAGACCCUGACCAAUUUUGGGGACAUGGAAGCUUCGUCGUCAUCCUCCGAUUCCGAUGAUGACUUUUUCGCUCCGGUUUCCUGGCCUUCUACUUCAGCUGCCUACAGCUUAUUGCCUUCCAAUAAGAAAAUGCGCCGAUCCAGAACUGCUCCGGCUAUGGUCUCUAUGGAGGACCUCUUUAAAUCACCCACUAAAUCUGUCCACCAAUUUGGCCCUACUUCUCUCGUCAGACAGGCCGCUUUUCUACUUAUAAUUUACCUCUCUCUUGGUGUCGUCGUUUAUUCCUUCAACCGUGACCACUUCUCUGGAGUUGAGACUCACCCGGUUGUUGACGCCCUUUACUUUUGCAUCGUCACUAUGUGUACCAUUGGCUACGGCGACAUUGCUCCGAUUACUCCUUUGACCAAAGUCUUUGCUUGUAUAUUUGUGCUUGUUGGUUUUGGGUUCAUUGACAUUUUGCUGAGUGGGGUUGUCAAUUACGUACUUGACUUGCAGGAGAACUUGCUACUGGCCGGCAUUAAAGAACAAGGGCAACGGCAAUUCGAUCACGGGCAUGGGCGUGGUGGCGGACUAUCUGCCUAUAUCGUCGACGUAGCCAAAGGCAGAAUGAGAAUCAGAUUGAAGGUGGGUUUGGCUCUGGGAGUUGUUCUUUUAUGCAUUGGUUUGGGGUCAAUGGUGUUGUAUUUCCAGGAACAUUUGGAUUGGAUCGAUUCAGUUUACUUGUCAGUGAUGUCUGUUACCACUGUUGGAUAUGGUGAUAGGGCAUUCAAGACCCUGCCGGGAAGGUUGUUCGCGUCAAUUUGGCUUUUAUUCUCCACCCUCGCGGUUGCACGUGCUUUCUUGUAUUUGGCAGAGGCCAGGAUUGAUAAGAGGCACAGGAGGAUUGCCAACUGGGUAUUGCAGCGCGAAAUCACCAUUGAAGAUCUGCUUGCCGCUGACAUUAACAAUAAUGGUUUCAUUCGGAAAUCGGAAUAUGUCAUCUACAAGCUCAAGGAGAUGGGAAAGAUCAGGGAGAAAGAUGUAAUGCAGAUAUGCAAUCAGUUCAACAAGCUUGAUGAAAACAAUUCUGGGAAGAUAACAUUACCCAGUCUCAUGCAGAGUCAAUUGUAGCAACUAUUCUUUGGCUACCAUGAAUUAUCUGCUAAUUUUCAAGAAAAAGGUUAGUAGUUGCAAACGUUGGAUUUCAGAUUUUUGCUUUUCAACUUUUCUUUUCUUGGAAAACAGAUGACAUUGUUCAAUAUGUAUAUUGUAAUUGUACAUAAAUUUGGCCCCAAGGAAAAGGAUUUGAAUACCCUAGAGAAGGAUUCUGAAAGGUGUGGAUUUGUCGAGGAAACUUUGUUGAAGCUA